UUUCUUCCUUUUCUUGUUAGUUUAUCAAUUUUUUCCGAUUAAUCAUCAAUGGUUUUCCAGUGAAGUAAAAAUAGGUGAAAAAUGGCAAUUAAUUGCUACAAAAUGUGAACAAUUCAAACCGGACAUAAUGUAGAAGUGUAAAUGUAACGCGGUAGACUAAAGGGAUCGGAAAACAUUGUUGUAAACUUACCCCCAGCAGAGGGCAAAUCGUCUGAAAAGUGGGGUAAGUGUCAGGAGGAGAUAGGAUAGAAGGGAGAAGUAGGGCAGGACACUUACUGAAAAACAAAGAAAGAAACCAUGGCAGAUAUGAUGCGGAUGAGCGGAAGUGGUGCCCUUGGGGGCUUCCAGCGGGACAAGCUUGGAUCGCCUUCAACUGGCUCGGAGGACGGAGGAGGAAUCGAUCUCGGGGACAUUGCCCAAGAGUUGGAUCAGGACGAAUUCGAUGGCCCUGUGGCGUGCAAUGGUGAUAGGCCAGCAAUUACUGCUCCCCCGGAAAGCGAGUGGUACCAUGGCCGUAUGGACAGAUUCUGUGCUGAGCAGCGUUUGAAAUCGGCUUCCAGACUGGGAAGUUAUUUGGUUCGUGAAAGUGAUCGGAAGCCCGGUUCUUACGUGCUGAGCUACUAUGGAAGAACCGGAAUCAACCAUUUCCGUAUCACCGCGGUUUGUGGCGAUUUCUACAUCGGAGGAAGACAAUUCCUCUCGCUGAGCGACUUGGUUGGCUACUACACGUCCUGUAGUGAUCUUUUGAAAAGGGAACGUCUGGUGUGUCCUGUUGCCCCACCAGAACCAGUCAACGACAAGAAACGUGUGGUAGCCAUUCUUCCGUACACCAAAAUGCCGGACACGGAUGAGCUCACCUUCCAGAAGGGUGAUAUUUUCUUCGUGCACAACGAUAUGGGUGAUAACUGGCUGUGGGUCACAGCUCAUCGCACAGGAGAGCAGGGAAUGAUUUUCCGAGAAUUGGUAGAAGACCUCGAUCCGAGCAUCGAUCCAAAUACCGUAUUUUCCUGGUUCCACCCAACCUGUUCAAAGAACGAGGCCGUCGAUAUGCUCGUCAAAGCUGGGCCGGGAAGUUUCCUGGUGCGACCGAGUGAUAAUUCACCCGGAGAUUAUUCCCUUUUCUUCCACAUUAACAAUCAAAUUCAGCGGUUCCGCAUUGAGAAGAAAGGCGUUCGCUAUUUGAUGGGUGGUCGAACUUUCGAAUGUUUGGAUGCGGUCAUUAAUCGCUAUCGCAAGGAACAGAUCGUAGAAGGACACACGUUGAUGCAUCCCGUUAUCAACGGAAGCCAACCGGAGUAUCAUCCGCCGUCGAAUGUGGCCAGUGCAGCGGAGAAAAUUUAUGCAACACUUCGGGAGUGUCGCGAUCAGAACAUUUUGAAAAAGACCAAGGGCAUCAAGCAUCACGGCUACCUGCUGAAGAAAUCGGACAAAACGGCCAAGUGGAAGCAGCUGUACUUCGCCUUGUUGGUCGAGGGCUCGGAAACGCAUCUCUGCUUCUACGAUAACCCGAAGAAAACCAAACCGAAGGGAUUGAUUGAUCUCUCCUGUGCUUAUCUUUAUCAGUGCCAUGAAUCGUUUUGGGAGAGGCAGCAUUGCUUCCAGAUCGUUGAGCGUGCCCUUCCGUGUCUGGCAACGAUCACCUAUCUUUGUGCCAACAGCCAGGAGAGUUACGUCGAGUGGGUCAAUGCGCUGAAGUCCCAUUGCGUGUCGCAGCUCAGCAAGGCCCAGUCCAAGGUUCCACGUUUACGCGAACUGCGCUGUCUGAAUUUGCAGAUAUUGGAGGCCCAUCGUUUGCCGUUCAAACUUGUUCCGCAUCCGUACUGCGUUGUAUCGUUGAAUCAGGUCAAAGUGGGCAAAACCCGAGUAAAGACGGCCCCGGAUCCAGUUUGGGAGGAGGAAUUUGUACUGGAUGAUGUUCCGCCGGACGUAGUGACGGUAACAAUAACGGUUCUCAGCAAGGGUAAACGCGGGAAGGAUUCAGAAGUUGCGGAAUUGACUGUCGACCUGUGCGGUUUAAAAAAUGGACAGGAAACAGAGGAGUGGUACCCCCUGGUUGGAAUGACCCCAAUGGGUGAGUGGGGAUCCAUUCGUCUGCGUAUACGAUAUCUGGACGAUUUGGUUAUGCCCUGCGAUGAGUACAGUCCUCUUCAACAACUCUUGGUGGAGCCGGAACUGAAUGCGGUGCGGGCUCUGGCUGAAAUCUGCCACAACGAUCGUAUUCCCUUGGCUACGUCUCUCUUGAAAGUAUUCCGCCACGAGAAACGUGAAACGGAACUGUUGAGAAUACUGUGCCAAGCCGAAGUGGCUCGGGAGAAUGAAACGACAACUCUGUUUCGAGGUGCGUCCCUGGCCACAACACUGAUGGAUCUCUACAUGCGAGCGGAAUGUACCGUUUUCCUACAAUCCGCCGUAUCCGACACAAUCCAAAGAAUACUCGACAGCAAGCAGUCAGGGGAACUGAAUCCCACCAAGAUGGAUGUGAAUGAUGACGCCUGCUCAAACGCUGAGUUUCUGCUGAUGAUUUUGGAUCAGGUUACGCAAUCCAUAUUCACAUCGCCAGAUGCUUGUCCACGGACUGUGCGCUACAUUUGCAACUGUCUGCAGAAGGCUGUGGUGGCCAAAUGGCCGUCGCCGAAUGAGCGUUUGGUUCGCACUCGCGUAGUGUCCGGAUUCAUCUUUCUGCGUCUGCUGUGUCCCGCUUUGCUCAAUCCCCGUCAAUUUGGUCUAGUCAGCGAAACUCCUCAUCAGAUGGCAACUCGCACGCUUAUAAUGGUGGCAAAAUGUUUGCAGAACUUGGCGAACCUUGUAGAAUUUGGCGGAAAGGAACCGUACAUGGAGGUAGUCAAUCCAUUUAUACUGAAAAACAAGGAGAGGAUGAUAGUCUUUCUGGAUCAGCUAUCUUCUGUUACCGAUCCAAAUCCCCCUCCCGGAUGCAUGAUAGAGCAGAACAAUUCCUCUACGCUCUCUAGUUCAGAUGCAGGACGCGAGCUCGCCACGUUGCAUCACAUCUGCGUUUCCUACCUCCUGGAAUUGCAAUCGAUGAGUAAGACUAACAAUUCGCUCAAAAAGCUGGUCACCGUUACGGAGAUGCUUUCGAAGCACAAACUCAAAUAUCGUGAAAUGAUCAGUUAAUUUGCUGGCGCGAAGGAGAACAUUUCACCCGGAUGAAUUUGCAUGACAUAUUUGAAGGAUAAAAAAUAAUCUAUAAACUCAAAAGUUAUAAAAAAGUGAAACCAACACAGGAUUAACAUUUAACGAGCGUAUAUUACAAGCGUAAUAGUGAAGCCCUUGCAGAUAAUCAUGAGAAAACGAAAAAAAAAUAUUUUAAGUUUCAAAAUUCUGAUACAACGGUACAAUAGGUAUGAUAUUGACAGCAUCUGCUUGUACUUGUGCAACGCGCUCUCGAGCAGAUGGAUGUUAGCAAUUUCUCAUCACAACAUUUUUUAGCAUUUUGCUGUACUCAGGAGAGGUAAUUUUAGGCUACAAAACAAUAUUUAAACAAAAAAAGGAUAUAGGAAGUAGGAGAAGAAACCGUUAUAUAUUCCACGAUGAACUAGGCAUCGUACAAAAAUUUGUCAGUUCGUUUAGCAGUUUAGGUGUCCGUUUUCCAGUCUCAAACAAAAGUCAUUAAAUUGUACUAGCCGAAAUCGAAACCAAUAUCCACGGGACGAGGUCUGUAGCAGUCUCCAUUUCUGAGUAGAAUACUCAGCUCUUCUCCUGUAUAGUCUCUCUUUUACAAGGCAAAGCUAGUGCAAAUCGACAGCAGAAUUAAACAAAUUAUUAUCUUCUUACCCAAGCCACACACAUUAAAAGUCUACAGUAUCUAAAUGGAUGUAAUUGAACCAGUAAUACCAGAAGUGAAUUUGUUAUAGCCAACUGUCAUGGAAACUAUAGCAUCAAUUGCAAUUGUUCGUAAUUUCUCUAAUCAGUAUGGGAAAAAAUGGAGCGCAAGUUCAUGAAAUUAGAGUAAAAAAUGGUCCAUCAGAAAAUAUUCUCCAGAAUUGUCUGCUUAGAUUACUCUAGUAAAAGCUUUAUUCUAGUAAUUUCUCCGGAUAUGACUUCUGAAAUGCUUUCAAGAACUUCUAGUUCUAAAUCUCCUUCAGAGAUCCGUUCAUCGAUUUUCCAGAAGAAUUUUUCAAGGAAUGCUCAGAACAAUUUCUCCAGUAUUUACAUUGCAGAAAAUCUUUGAGCACUCCAAUGCUACAAUUUCCAUUAAUUUCCGCCGAUAUUAUACUAAAAGUUAUCCCAAAAACUAUCACAGUAUUUUUUUCAGAUAUUUGUCCACCGCAUUUUCAAGUUUGUACUCUAGGAGAUCCAGGAGUUAUUCCAAUGACAUCUUCAUAGUCGUUGGAGAAAUUCGUUCAGGGAUUAAAAAAAAACACUACAGGUAUUCCUACGUCCAAUCUUCAAGUUGCUUUUCCAGUCAUUGUCAUAAGGGAAUGGAAUUUUGUGAGGAUUUUUUUUUCAUUCAAUUUUAAAGAGAACUCGCGACCAAUUGCUUAUGAUGCUAAUGAUUUCAUGGACACUCUCGAGAUUAGAAAUGGUACCGUAUACGCACCAGGACCAUACCUUGCGCACUUUUGAAAGACAAAAGUAAUAUCAGUGAAUAAUUAUAAUUGUACCUUUGUUUCAAAAAAAGAAUCGUUAUCAAAUGUACGUAAUUUGAACCAAAUGCGCAAUACUUGUCGCAGUGCAAUGUUAGGGAUAGGUAAGGGUGAUUCAGUGGUGAAAAUUCUCGAAUAUCCUAAAUUUGUAAGUUCUGAAACACUCACGUGAAUCUGCACAAACCGAAGUCCAUUAGCGUCCGGACAUUUCAAAAUUUUCAGCUUGAAAAAGGAAUCGCAUUCCCACUUGGUUAGGUGCGUAACGACGCGGUAAUAACAUUUAUAGGAAGUAGCCAAACAUAUAAAACGACAAACAAGAGAAUCAACCAACCAACAACGGUAUAAGAAAAAAAAAACGAAGUAAUUUUAAUCAAGGUAUUGUAGUAGCUAGAGGCGAAGAGGAAAGAGGAGCAGCGCAUGUUUAUACCAAAAAAAGACGAGAAUUUAGUUAACGUUAGGAAUUAAUGGACCGACUUGUUUUGAUUCGUCCUCUCCAUGCUAUACACAAACGUUAAAUACCUAUAUAUUACCAGCUAUUGUACGGAUCCAAGCCAAUCAGUAAAACAAAAUAAUUGCGAUGGGUCCCGUGACUAGGGGAAACGUUUAGGAAGCAGACGCCAUUUUAGUUUGUACGUUGUAAUUUUUACAUGCUUUUUUAUAUAUAUUUUCACAUUCUAUGUCAUCCAGAUCAAUUAGGCCAAGCUUUAGCCCAGGACAAUUUUCAAUGCAUUUUUAUAAUCGUAUAUAUAUUUAACAGUGAAUAUAAUAAACUAUUACCAUUCAAACUGA